CAUGGCGGACGCACACUGCAACAAUAACCAUGUACCGGUUUUGUUUUCAUUUUCUGCCUUCUCUCGUCCUUCCUCUGUGCCCGUUGGCUCUGGGCACGAGCUGCUAAUUCAGAAAUUCCUGUCAAUAUAUGGUAAUCAGAUUGAUGUACAUCGCAAAUUUGUCAUCCAGUUGUUCUCCGAGGAAUGGGGACAAUACAUUGAUUUGCCGAAGGGAUUUUCUGUGUCCGAGAAAUGCAAGCUUCGAUUAAUUCCUAUUCAAAUUGAGAUCAGCACGCUGGGGAACAUCUCUCCUUCCACCACCGCGUUCUUCUGCUGUGAUAUGCAGGAGCGCUUCAGGCCAGCCAUCAAAUACUUUGGGGACAUCAUCAGCGUGGGCCAAAGGCUGCUUCAGGGGGCGCGUCUGCUUGGCAUCCCGGUCAUCGUGUCGGAGCAGUACCCCAAGGGCCUGGGCGCCACGGUGCAGGAGAUGGACCUGACGGGUGCCAAGCUGGUCUUCCCCAAGACCAAGUUCUCCAUGGUGCUGCCCGAGGCGGAGGCCGCCCUGGCCGACCUCCCCGGUGUGCGCAGCAUCGUGCUCUUCGGUGUUGAGACCCAUGUGUGUAUACAGCAGACUGCCCUUGACUUGAUUGGCCGAGGCUAUGAGGUUCACAUCGUAGCGGAUGCCACUUCCUCCCGGAGCAUGAUCGACAGGAUGUUUGCACUGGAGCGUAUGGCUCGUACCGGCAUCACCGUGACGACGAGUGAGGCGGUGCUUCUGCAGCUGGUGGCGGAUAAGGACCACCCCAAGUUCAAGGAGAUCCAGAACAUCAUCAAGGCCAGCGCCCCUGAAUCAGGCCUCCUCUCCAAGGUGUGAGGGACCCAGGGGUUGGAGAAUGGUGGACAGAGCACAGGGAGGGUUAGGGGGGUAGGAAGGGGAGCUCCACUCAAGGGUGGGCACACAGGACAGGGAGGAUUAAGGGGUAGGUGGGGGCCGGGUAUAUAGAGGAGGGUUGCACAAUCUGUAAGCCAAUUAAAACGGCUGAAGAACCAUUUGGAGCAUGCAUCUAAAUUAACUUUUUUCGUCACCUGCCAAAACGGCUAGUAGAUGUUAUAAUCAUACCAGCAAACAUACACUCACUAAUGGGUCAAAGUGGCUAGUAAGUUGGUCUUCUUUACCAGCCAAAGUUAAGUUUCACCAGCAUUUGGCCAGUUGGCUGGUGUUAAUUUAGAGCCCUGAUCUUGAGCAUCAACGUUGUAAGAGCCACAGGGAAGAGGUAAGGGAAAGAAGUAUUAGGUUUGUGGGUCUUCGGGACAGGGUAAACGGCAAAGAGGGGUUCCUUAAAGCAAACUGGACAGGAACUUUUGGCAUAGAGAGAAUUUGAUUGCAUUAGGUCAUUGCUUUGACAAACCACCUUGCUUGCACAUCAUCACACUGCAGCAUCGCCAGGUCAAUUUGCACAUGCUUAUUCACUCAAGGUAGACUUUGUUUUUUAUUUAUGAGUCUUUUGAUUUGGUGGUGAUGAUCAAGUUGAGCAAAUCAAGGCUUCAAAAUCAUCUCUAGACAUUAAACGGCGAGCUACUGGUAGAUCAAUCAAUCAAGUUUGAUGAAUAAGCCUAGAUAGCAGUGAGAGACCAUGGGCUUAUGUGAAAUUGUGUCGUUGGCUACCGUCUGACUUAAAGCUUAAUGCUUUGAGUAAAAUUUUACCCAAAUAACCGCUUACCACAUGGAUGGCUAUGGAGACAAUCGGUCCAAAAACAUCCCCUAACAUGUGGCUUGAAGUCAUUCACUUCCAGAGUUGUAUAAAGUAGAAAUAGAGUACUGCUACAUAUGUAAUUGCAACACGUAUAGUAUGCUGAUGUUACAUAGCUUUAACUUUGUAAUAUCACUCAGCUAGUGUUGUAAUUGCAUUCGUUAACAGUACUACUUCUACUGUAUAAAACUCACACUACCCUACCAGGUGGUUUCCAACAGGCCCAAUGCCAAUGGGAGGUGUAUCAAAGGCAGCAAAGUAACUGGAAGAGCAAAAAGACUUGCUCAUGUUUUCUGUAGAAAUAUACUCGAGUGUUUUUAUUAUUCUUUUAUAUGUUUUAGUCUGUUAAAAGAUACACUAUAUUGGGGUUCUCUGACUGCUAUUAAAUCAUUUGUACAUGUGUACUGUACGUUGCAUAUCAUAAACUUUUGGUUGCACCAUUUGGUGACUGUUGUCUGUUUAAGGUCAACACACGUCUUAGGUUGUACAGUUGUUAGUUCUGUGGGAGUAUUUUUUUGUGUGUUUGUUUUGAUGUAUAAGUAUCUCUUGUUUUGUUUCUGUUAUGUUGCGGAAUUUGAAAACCCCACAGAAUAGAUCUGGCCUUCGCAGUUUUUGCGACACGUAGCCUACCUCUGCAAUGUUUUGGCGUUAACCUUAAGUCACUGAUCACUGAGUCACUGUAGAUUUAAAUGGUCAAACCUGUACCUUAAUUUAAAUCAUUUUCUGCAUUUUCUUGUCUCUUUUUGAUGUAUGUCUUGAUUGUGGCAAUUUAAGAGAAUCUGUAUUGGUAGAGCACCUAUGUAUGACUUGAAAAAUAUAUAGCAGUAUGAAAAGUUACUGUUUAGAUUGAUAUGAUAUCUGGAAAAAAAUGAUAUUUAUAGUAGACUCUAAUGGAAAAAAAAUCCAAAUGUCUCCCUAAAAAAACUGAAAAUGUUACAAAAGUCAAGGAAAUGUUACUGUGUUGUGGUUUGGCGAUUAAUGUUGGUUGUUGCACUUCCCCAAAAUGCACUAGUUUGCUAAUCUAAUUACUUAGAAAUGACACAGCUUCUCCCUUCGAAAUCAAGCAUGAGAAACUGUGUGUGUGUGUGUGUGUGUGUGUGUGUGUGUGUGUGUGUGUGUGUGUGUGUGUGUGUGUGUGUGUGUGUGUGUGUGUGUGUGUGUGUGUGUGUGUGUGUGUGUGUGUGUGUGUGUGUGAGAGUGUGUGUGAGAGAGUGUGAGCUUGUGUGCGUGCAUGCAAGAAGGAGAGAGGAGAUACAGAGUGUGCGUGCAUGCAUGCGUGGGGAUGAUCUGCUUUACAGAUGUGUUGAUCUGGUGUUGUGUGUGUGCGUGCGUGCCGUCCGUGCGUGUGUGUGUGCCCGAGGGGCAUUUCCAUUUUAAUUGUAAUUGAGGGAAAAAAACACACAAAGAAUAAACUCUGGUGCCUAUUUAUGACUUGUCUGAAGUGAUUGCACUCACACCUCUGAAUGGUACUGUACUUCACGUCCUGACGAUAUCAAUUUGUGCACUAUUUAAUCAACUGUUUUAGGGGGAAAUUGAAUCCUUUUUUUUGUAUGGACAAAGAUGAAUAAAUGUUUAUACACAUGAAA